GAGACGAGGGAAGGAUGGAGGGUGUGUAUGUGUGUAACCUGUGAGCUGGUGUCUCCUCCUCUCCUCCAGGGCCUCCCUGCUCCUUCCUCCUGCUGGUGCUGAAGGAGCAGCUGACGGAGCUGCAGGCCGCCCUGCUCGCCUCCUUCCUGGACAUGGAGGAGUACAGGAAGUCCUCCUCCCCCCAAGGUCCCGCCUCCCCUCUGGACUGGACCAAUGGGCUGCUGCUCCUCCACAGCUGCCCCCCUCCUCUGGACCAGCACCUCCUCCGUCUGCUGGGACACUCUGCAGUGAGCAGCAGCCAGAGGAACAGGAAAUCCCCGCUGAAUGCUGCUGGUCUGCAGCAGCUUCCCUCUAGGUUGAUCCAGUAUCCCGCGGCGCCCUCUAAAGGACGGAUCACCGUGACGACGGAGGACCUGGCCUGUCUGGGCAGCGGCGAGUUCCUCAACGACGUCAUCAUCGACUUCUACCUCAAGUAUCUGGUUGUGGAGGGAGUGGGGGGUCCGGUGGCCGACAGGAGUCACAUCUUCAGCAGCUUCUUCUACAAACAGCUGAGCAGACGGAGAGCUGCCGGGGACGACAGCACCACCUCUGUACCUGAUCGAGACAUGAGGCAUCAGAGGGUUAAAACGUGGACUCGCAACGUGGACAUCUUCACCAAAGACUUCCUGUUUGUUCCUGUCAAUCAAGAAGCUCACUGGUUCCUGGUUCUGAUCUGUUUCCCGGGUCUGGAGGAAGUUCAGUACCAAGAGUUUCAAAGUCCAACAGGAGGAUCAGAGCGAGCAGCAGGAAACUCGUCAGCUUUCAGUCUGAGAUCACAGCAGCCUCCGUGCACCCAGCAGGGCUGGCAGAGGGACUCUGUGUUAAAGCGGCCGUGCAUCCUGGUCAUGGACUCCCUGAAGCUGUCCUACCACGAGAACGUCUGCAGACUUCUCCGAGAUUACCUGCAGGUGGAGUGGGCGGUCCGGAGGGGGACCCCCCGUCACUUCUCAUCAGACUCCAUGAAGAGCUGCAGGUGUAAAGUCCCCCAGCAGGACAACAGCAGCGACUGUGGACUCUACCUGCUGCAGUACGCACACAGCUUCCUGCAGAACCCCGUGGUGCACUUUGAGCUCCCGUUGCGAUUGGGCAGCUGGUUUCCGCGGCAGCUGGUUCGCCAGAAGCGCGAAGAGAUCCGAGCUCUGAUCCUGAGGAUGAGUCAGACUCAGAGCAGACAACCGUUACCAUAGCAACCCACCGGAGCCGGUAACGUUGCCACGACAACCCACCCGUUAACUCACCUGUGCAAUUAGUAUAUUUUUAUACGUUGUCAAUGUUUGAUUUACU